AUGGAACGAGACAGAGAAGGGAGAACGAUGACUCUGCAAGAUGCGCUUGCAAAAAUCCCACUGUUACUGUCCUACGCGACAAUGGUGUUGGCUUGCUCGCUUAUUCUUACAUCAGAUCCCGUAGCAGACAAUCAUAGCACUGCAUCUAUAUGGGGGAAGAUAUCUAGCAUUAUAGCGAAAUUUGUUUUACUCCCGUCGUUUAUUAGUGCAGGAGUCGCAUCGUGCCUCAUGGGGGCCAAAGUAAUGGCCAAGACAUUCCAUUCAAUAGUCCCCUUGGUACUCUUCGUGUACAUAUCAGUUAUUGGGUGCUAUUUGGGGCAAAGUGUGCUAGGGUCUAUUCAGGUGACUUGCUACUCACUUCUCGCCAUCAAGUAUCUCACUGCAGUCGGGAAAUCAUCCUUGGGGCAUCUCUCAAAGUGCUUUGGGCCCUUGAUAUUGAUAAGUUUGGCAAUAGGUUAUUUCCAUGGUGGUUCCCUACAGUAUAUGGCAUUGUUGAAACUAGUCUUCUUCGUCGUAUUGCAAACUAAUGUUUACCAAUGGUCCAGUAGAAUAUGGAACGCAAGAGAACACACAUCAAAAACGGUUAAGACAAUAUACACUGUUUUGGUCUCUACUACAGUAAUAUCUUUUGUUUCCCUGUACGGUAUCUCGUAUUUAGGUCAACUGGGGGGGCAUCAUUCAGGUGUCCCAACGUUAAACUACUUGAUGAUAUUUGUCUUUUUUGGUUGUUUGGCAGUGUUUAGUUUGUCAAUUCAAGAUAUUUUGGGUCAAGAACUUGCCUCCGUCAAAAGUAAUGACCAGAGUGUUACUACUCUGCCAAGUUUGUUCCAUAACGGAACCCUGUUGGCCACAGGACUCAUGGCCGUGGUACUGAAGUACUUAUCGUUUGAUGUGUCCCACGGAUUUAUCGAACAUAUACUAAUGUUCUCCUUUGUCACCUUAUCCGAAUUCAUUUCAAGACAGUUUGCGUUUGGCACAGUCGGUGGGGGGUCCCCCAAGGAUACAGUUAAUGUCCCCAAAGAUAUUGUAUCAUCGGGAUCCCUCUUCAGUAGAGUGAUAGGAGAUAAAGAUACGAGAUCCAUCUUCUCGUUUUUAUUGCUGAACUCCACUUUCAUGUUUGUUCAACUGUUGUACUCAUUCCGUUCCAAAUCUCUCGGUCUGCUGUCUGAUUCUUUGCAUAUGGCUCUCGAUUGUACCUCUUUGCUGUUGGGGCUUAUAGCGGCUGUUCUGUCAAAGGGACCCGCUACAGACAAAUUCCCGUUUAAAUUGAAUUACUUGGAAACGUUGACUGGGUUCACCAAUGGUGUCCUACUGCUUGGUAUCGUCUCUGGUAUAUUCGUGGAAGCCAUCGAAAGGUGCUUCUUUAACCCAAUUGCAAUUGAAGGUACCAACGAGCUGCUGGUUGUUGCCGUCUUGGGCCUCCUCGUCAACCUUGUCGGGUUAUUCUCCAUGGAACAUAACGCCAACGAUAGCGAAAACAUGCGUGGGAUUUUUUUGCAUAUUUUGGCAGACACUUUGGGUUCCGUCGGGGUCAUUGUUUCGACCAUUCUGAUCAAAUUCACAGGAUGGUACAUAUUUGAUCCCAUUGCAUCUCUUUUCAUUGGAAUUCUUAUUUUGGCAAGCUCCAUCCCCUUGUUGAAAUCGACCUCAGCAAGUAUACUACUGAAGCUAGACGAUAAAAACCACAACAUCAUAAAGGAUGUGCUUAACCAAAUAUCAACGACACCGGGUGUCGCAGGUUAUACAACUCCUAGGUUUUGGCCGUAUAAACUUUAUUCGCAGGGCCACUCCCAUGCGCACGGGCAUUCACACGGCCACGAUCAGGAACAUCCAAUCGGGAAGCAUGAGCACGAGCAUGAGCAUGGGCAUGAGCAUAGCCACCAGCAAGAAGAGCAUCAUGACCAUGAUGAUGCAUGCAUGGACAGUCCAGAGAAAAAACUGAUCGGCUACAUUCAUGUCCAAUACGUGGAGGGAGAAAACUCCACCAUCCUCAAGAAAAGGGUAGAAAAGAUUUUAGAAAGGGCAGGUAUCAAGGCUUGGAUACAAGUAGAAUCGCCAACUGCAAAUUGUUGGUGUCGUCCAGCUUCUGCAAACCAGGUAAUUGUACCGCAGACAGUGCAAACUUAA